UUAACUGUAGUACAGAUCGGUAAUUCUCUACUCUCUAACCUGAACUUUAUCAGCUUCGGUUCGUUGCCGAGCCUGAGCUUCGGAAUCUCGUUUAUUCAACCUCUCCCAUUGGUUCCCCUCACACUGCAGAAAAGCUCAUUGAACCAGUUCAAACUCUACUCCUCAAAAUCACUGUGUCACAAACCCUAAUUUCCCUUCCUUUCUCAUCACCUUCGAUCUUAUCACCGAUCAAGUGUCACCUGGUGCCAAACUUGUGCAAUUCACAAGAAAAUCUCUGUUUUCCUGACAAGGAAAUGUUAUUUCAUUUCCACAUUUUGUGAUCUCUAAAAUUUAUGAUAACAAUUCUUCUUCCUUUGUGAUCGUGGGUGCAUGCAUCCCGUGAUUCGUAAUGCGGGAUCUUUGAUCCAUCUAUUUGUCGCGUUUCGAGGCUGUUAGCGCAUUCUGUUGAUUAGAUUAAAUUGAUUUUCUCAUUGUUUAUUGUGAGAUUUGAUUGAUCUCAAUUGUUCCAUAUCUGGUCCAAUUUCGUGCUUUGCUGUAGUUAAUUUUGCUUGUGAAAGGAAACUAUGGCGCAGAGUAAUUGGGAAGCUGAUAAGAUGCUUGAUGUUUACAUAUAUGAUUAUUUGGUGAAGAAAAAGUUGCACAAUACUGCCAAGUCUUUUAUGACAGAAGGGAAGGUUUCUCCUGAUCCAGUAGCAAUUGAUGCUCCCGGAGGUUUUCUUUUUGAGUGGUGGUCUGUUUUCUGGGAUAUUUUUAUUGCAAGGACAAAUGAGAAACAUUCUGAGAAUGCUGCAGCAUAUUUAGAGACUCAGCAAAUUAAAGCAAAAGAGCAGCAAUUGCAAAUGCAGCAGUUGCAAUUAAUGCGUCAUGCUCAGCUGCAAAGAAGGGAUCCUAAUCAUCCUCCCAUUGGAAGUCCUCUAAAUGCUAUCACUACAGAAGGAGUGCUAGGGCAAUCUACUGCCACUGCAUUGGCUGCAAAAAUGUAUGAGGAUCGAAUGAAGAACUCUAACCCUAUGGAUACAGAGACAUCCCAACCACUUUUAGAUGCUAGAAUGGCCCUUUUGAAAUCAACAAAUCAUCCUGGUCAGAUGGUUCAAGGAAAUUCAGGAAAUGUGACAGCAGCUUUGCAGCAAAUGCAGGUUCGAACUCAGCAAAUCCCUCAGGAUAUCAAAAGCGAGGUCAACAUGGGAAACAUGCAGAGAUCCUUACCUAUGGACCCUUCUUCAAUUUAUGGGCAGGGUGGAAUGCAGUCAAAGUCUGGAAUCACAAAUGCAGGAUUAAAUCAAGGAGUUGGUGGUCUCACAUUAAAAGGAUGGCCAUUAACUGGCAUAGAACAAAUUCGCCCGGGUUUUGGAGCUCAAGUUCAAAAGCCUCUUCUUCAGAGUGCAAAUCAGUUCCAGCUUUUGCCACAACAACAACAACAGCAGCUCCUUGCACAGGCACAUGCACAAGGAAAUAUUGGCAAUUCACAAGUGUAUGGAGAUAUGGAUCCACAACGAUUAAGGGGAUUAGCUAGGGGAGGUUUGAAUGUGAAAGACAGUCAGCCAAUUGCAAAUGAUGGGUCAAUAGGUUCUCCAAUGCAACCUACUUCAUCUAAGCAGAUCAACAUGCCACAGAUGCAACAGUCCAUCUCCCAGCAACAGCAGGAUCCUUUACACCCGCAGCAACUGGGUCAGAAUAACCGAAAAAGGAAAGGGCCUACAUCUUCGGGAGCUGCCAAUAGUACUGGCACAGGAAAUACACUUGGCCCUUCUAACUCUCAACCAUCAACUCCAUCCACUCAUACUCCUGGUGAUGGAGUUGCUAUGGCAGGUAACUUGCAGAAUGUUGCUGGUGUAUCCAAAGGUUUGAUGAUGUUUGGUACUGAAGGAGCAGGCGGUCUUGCAUCUUCCACAAACCAGCUGGAUGACCUGGAACCUUUUGGAGAUGUUGGCUCCUUAGAUGAUAAUGUGGAAUCAUUUCUCUCACAGGAUGAUGGUGAUGGAAAGGACUUAUUCGGGACAUUGAAACGGAAUCCUUCUGAGCAUGCUACAGAUGCUUCAAAAGGCUUUUCCUUCAAUGAAGUUGGUUCUGUACGCAAAAGCAAUGGAAAAGUUGUUUGCUGUCAUUUCUCUUCAGAUGGGAAAUUAUUAGCCAGUGCUGGACAUGACAAGAAGGUUGUUCUAUGGAACAUGGAGACACUGCAAACACAGAGCACACCAGAGGAACACACUGCUAUUAUUACUGAUGUUCGCUUCAGACCAAAUUCAACUCAGCUGGCAACAUCUUCCUUUGAUACAACUGUGCGACUUUGGGAUGCUGCAGAUCCAAACUUUUCCUUGCAGGCAUAUAGUGGUCAUUCUUCUCAUGUUGCAUCCCUUGAUUUCCACCCUAAGAAAAACGACGUUUUCUGUUCCUGUGAUGAUAACAGUGAGAUUCGCCUCUGGAAUAUUAAUCAAUAUUCUUGUACUCGCGCCUUUAAGGGGGGAUCUACACAGGUGAGGUUUCAGCCAAGGAGUGGACACCUUCUGGCUGCAGCAUCUGGCAAUGUUGUUUCUCUCUUUGAUGUUGAGACUGACAGGAAAAUGCACUCAUUACAGGGACACUCUGCGGAUGUACAUUGUAUAUGCUGGGACACAAAUGGAGAUUAUUUGGCAUCUGUGAGUCAAGAAUCUGUCAAAGUCUGGUCACUUGCCUCAGGGGAUUGCAUUCAUGAACUUAAUUCCAGUGGAAACAUCUUUCACUCCUGUGUUUUUCAUCCAAGCUACUCCAACCUCUUGGUUAUUGGUGGAUACCAGUCAUUGGAGCUAUGGUUAAUGGCCGAAAAUAAAUGUAUGACCAUACCAGCUCAUGAGGGUGUAAUAUCAGCUCUAGCACAAUCACCAGUGACAGGGAUGGUUGCUUCUGCCAGUCAUGACAAGUCUGUAAAGUUAUGGAAAUAAAAAGGAUAAUUCUGUGGUUUCAAAAGAGCCAUAUAAUGUGUUAUAGAUCAGUUACAUUCUGAUGGGCAGUACCUGUCCGAUUAAAGAACAGCGUUGAAGAAGUAAAAGAUAGAUUUGCAUUGGAGAGAAGAAUCCCUCACCUCCCUUCUUCAUGCUCUUCCAUCAUCUACUCUGAGGGGCUUUGUGUAUUUUCUCUGUUCACUGUUAAUGUAACUAAUUUAUUUCUCCUCUGCCUGCUUUUUUUAAGCAAAUUAAGUUAAAAUUCUUUUGCAAGUUCUUUUUUAUUUUUUUACUAUUAGAAGAUAGUGUCAACCAAUCAGCUAUCAUAUAUAAAUUAUUUGAAUAAGUCAUUUGUGUAAUCUUUAAUUCUUUUAUGUUAAGAGUUGGAAAACU